AUCCACAUAGAGGAAAUGCAGGCUGAGAACAUGGAAUCGGAGAACGAAGUGUCUGAGUCAGCUACUCGGACAAGAGAUAGCCAUGAUUGGUUAUAUCCAGAACUGUUGUCCGAGGAAAAACUUGUACAGAUUCUCAGACAGAGAUUUAUCAGACACAAAGAUUUAACACAGUUGGACAAAGAGCAGCUGGUAGACCUGUACUAUAAAUACAUCAUCCCCCUCCCCCAGAGGACAUACAGGAACAACCGGCGGGGCCGGGAAAUGACAAAGAGACAGAUUGUACAGGCAAAGAAAAGAAAAAGCAGCCUGAAUGAAGCUGACAGUCCUGAUAAAAAGAAGGUGAAGAGUGCGGGCAGUGAAUCUCGCUUCCUGACUUCGUUUAACCUCCCUUCAUCAGGCUCAGGGGAGCGGAUCAAGCCACCCCCCUCGUGUAUUAACUUUGAAAAGAAAAAAAUCAAGCUUAGCUCGGGCAGCACUUCAUCCAAAGCAGCAACAGUGACAAAAAAAUUAUCAGAAGAGAAAACAAAAACGUCUUUAAAACUUAAGCAAAAUGGAGGUAAUUCAGAAAAGACUGACAAUUCAGAAUCCUCUAAAGCUACAGAACAUACAAAGUCCGCUUCAUCUCCAGAGAAAAGGACCAUUAAGUUGAUAAAUAACUUGUCUUUAUCAGCAUCAGAGACGGCAAAGAAAAGUAAAGUUAUUAAGGAUGAUGUGCAAGGGGGAAAAACUCCAGACAAACCUGAGGCAAUGGACACUUCACCUGAGAGCUCCUCAAAGAAGACUUUUAAAGUGAAGAAAGUUUCAUGGCCUUGAAAUGAACAAUGAAUAAUUUAUGAUAGAUUUUUUUAAAAAGGAUAUAUUGAAUAAUGAAUAAAUUUGUAAGAUUAUCCAAUAUUGCUGAGAGAAUUUAGAAAAUACAUCUACUACACAACUAGUGAUCAUUUUUUCAUGAUUGUACAUCUGUGUGAUUGAUGAUCUAGAGAGAUGAUUUGAUCUCCACUUGGUUCUUUGGCUAAACUGGUACUAAUAGUGCCUUAAUGUCAAGAAUUUUCAGCCACAUGAAUUGUACAAAUUUCUAAAUGUCAGGGUCAAAUCAGGUUUCUGUAUAAAAGUUUUGUUCAGUGCUUAUUUCCCUCUUCUUAUGGCCCAAUCUGGUUAAUUCUUCAUUGAAAAUAAGUGAAUUAAGUCCACUCCAAUUUUUUUUCUGUGUUAAGUGUCCAUGGAAUAUUGGUUUUGAGGUUAUGGACG